CGUGAGUGUUGAGCCGGUUGAGCGACAGCGCCACAGCGCGUCAUAUGAGCGUGUGCAGUGUCCCGCAGUAGGUAGUUGUAAUGGUUGUGGUAGACGUUGCGGGCUGCUGUUAAAGUGCCGUAUGCUUUGGUACCAUAUUACUAGCACUUUAAGCCGCACGAGGUGUGAGAGAAGAGCAGUUUUGCAUGUAGUACGUCUGGCAUAAAUGCCCUUGAUUUGGACUCAUCGGCAUCGGUCCUCUGUCGGAUGACUUCUGGUGCUUCGUUUAGUGACCAAAUUUCAAUCUUUGUUAUGAAGCUGAGGAGCCUCUGCAGUGCGGAUAAGCACUUGGGCUUUUUGACAAUGGUGCUCAUGGUGUGCGUUCAUAAUGUUUUUGUGAAGUGGCAGUGAUCUUCAAAUGGGGUGCCCAGUUCAUCAUGUUUCUUCGUCCCAGCCAUGUCAUUUGUGUACUUGCGUGCAUGUUAGUUGACCGUGUACUCGAUUACGCGAAUCAGUGCGGCGAUAGCAGCUGUAGACAAACUGACAGACAUUCUAGAUGGGGCCCGGUCAAGGCAUCGAGCUCUGUGUGGUGUCGUGGCCCCAACUAUACUCUGAGAACGUGCAUAUUUAGGAACUUGUACUAUCGAGGAGACACCGGAGAUUUUGUUUUUCUUCAUGGCCCAGAAACUACUCUUCUUGGUGACCUAAACGGAAGAAACGAUCCUGCGCUUACCGAUCUGUCAUCCGUAAACGAUCACGGGGCGUUUUACUUCAAUUUUGUGGAUUUGCCUUUGUCGGCGUUUUCAGAGCUCGAUGUUGUGGACGUUCACGGUGACACACUUGUAGUCAGUCGCUUCAACCCGGACAAUUUGAUGCAUGUGUUUCACGAUGACCUCAUUCCAGUAUUUUCGACUGUUCGGGAGAUGCGUAGCUGCAGCAGUAGUGUAGAGGUGCUGCACUGCCUUCACAACAUUACGUUGUUCCUGGCUGAUGAAAGACGAAAGGGACCUUACUGGCAGUUGUAUAAAGCCCUUAUUAAAAAUGGGAAGAUACUGCACAGAACUGAAAUGUCUAAGUGGUACCGCUUUACAAGGGCGAUUGUUGGAUUGCGAAAGGACAGCACGUGGUAUCAGUAUGGUUUUGUGGUCCCACAAGGUCCUCUCAACAGUAACCUUAAGACAGCAGGGGCCGAAGUCAGUCUGUUUGCUAAAUUUUUCCUUCAUGCACUUGAUGUGCCACUGAAAUCAAAGAUAAACAGGAGCCAUGCACUCAUAAUAUCAAGAACCAAGAACAGGCUAAUUGCAAACCUAGAUGAACUAGUGAACAUGGUAAAGCUGCACACUAAGCUUACACCUGUAGUCAUUAAUCUGGAAAGUGAAGCCCUCCAAGAUGUAGUAGCUUUGCUGAGAUGCACCCAACUUUUGAUAAGUAUGCAUGGCUCAGCGUUGAUUUUAUCAAUGUUCUUGCAGCCAGGGUCAGCAGUGUUGGAACUGUUUCCGUACGGCAUUAAUCCUGACAAUUAUACUCCAUACAAAACCCUCACAAAUCUUCCAUCAGUGGAUAUUGCCUAUGCAGCAUGGAGAAAUACAAACAAGACCAACACUGUCUUUCACCCCGAAUUUGAGCCACAGUAUGGUGGAAUAUACCACUUGCCAUUGGAAGCCCAGCAACAGAUACUCCUAAGUAAAGAAGUUCCACCACACUUGUGCUGCGAUAAUCCCAACUGGCUCUUUCACAUUUAUCAGGACACGGCAGUUGACACAUCAAUUGUGCCAAUGCUUAUCAACCUAUCUACUGAACGUGUCCCCACACGCAAUAACCUUAAGAAUAUUUUUCCAGGCCAAGUUCUGAAACUGAAAUGUGAAGUGCACAAAGAUUCCGAAGGCAAUACACAGUUCGUAGUUUCCUGGCUUGAGCCAUGGAAUGUAGCAUUUGCUAGUUUUGCUCAUUGCUAUUAUGAAGCAUGGCUAAAAAAUGGUGCUGAGGUUCAAAUGAUACAUACAAAUAAGACAGCUUUUGUCCAAAACAUUACAAGCAAUCACCUCCACAUAUGGGUGAAAGCUGUGUGUGAUGGAAAUUCUGGUGGCUUCAGUGCAUUUCCUCCCAGCUGCAGGGACAACACCUAUUGAAAGAUUUCACAAUUGCAUGGUAGCGCAUACAUGCUAUGCAAGAAAACGUUUUCUAAUGGUCAGUAGAUCAUGACAACAUGCUAAUGGUCAAUGCUCUCUGUAGUGUGUGUCAAAAAGCAGUCUUCCCAUUUUUUUUAAAGAACAAAUAAAAAUGCAUUCAGCAGGGCAAGCUUGCAUUGAAA